AUGAGGGGGCGUGAUUCUGAGAACCAAGGGCUCGAGGUUGACGAACAAGGCGCAGCGACGGGAGCACGCGAGGGUCAAGACGGCGGCAUGACUCGUUUCGUUGAGAAGUUGGGGUACACCGAUCGCAGCUCCCACUGCCAUGAGAUUCGAAGCAUGCGUUUCGUGAAGAGGCUAGAACUCCUGGUGGUUGUUGAGGGCACAGCAAUACUCAAGAUCUACACUCUCGGGCCGCUCAAAGUGCGACAGAUCGAGCCCGCUAUCGCCAUGCGAAAGCUCAUCAUAGACACCAAGCGGUCCACACGCCUAGCAGGACCCAAGGGAAAGUCUCGGAGUGCUGCUAAUAGAGCGCCGAGUGCUCUACCGCCCGCGAACGGAACCGAGGAGAGCAUGGCAGUUCUUGCAAUGGACUUCAUCGGGCGUGACAACCAAGCAGCAGUUUCUUGCGCCGACGGGUAUCUGACCGUGUGGGAUUUGGAAACCUGCAAGCUGCUCCGACACACCCGCCUGAGGGACGUGCAAGUGGGGCUCCGAUUCUGCCGUUCCAUGGACGUCCUGACGUCUUGGGGGGUGGACGAAUUCAACCACGAGAUCAUCGUGUGGGACGUGGACAAGCUUACGGUUCUGCAUGUGUUGGACGGGCACUGCGAACCAGUCAAGGAUAUCUGCGAGGUCGCCCCCGUACCACUCGCGGGAAACCCCGAAUCCGCAGAGAAACCGUGGGAUCCUAUCCUUGUGACUGCUGGCAUGGACCGCAAAGUCGUGCUGUGGAACCUCCGACUAGAGAAAACAGCAAAAAACCUCGCACCAAAGAAGCUGUUCGUGUUGGUCGGACACUACCACGGCGUCCUGUCGCUCGCCUACUCGAGCGAGCACGAUCUCAUCCUGUCCGCGGGGUUCGACUUCGAUGCCAGCUGCUGGGACCGCAGCUCCAGCCACCUGCAUAUGAAGCUCGUGGGACACCGCCACUCCCUCAUCGGCGUCGUCAUCGUGGAGCACGAGACGCAGCGCGCCGUCACCGGGGACGAGAGCGGGGCCUUCCGCGUCUGGGACAUCCACCGGGGGCACUCCGACCACGGCACGUGCCUCCAGUCCUUCUCCCUCCGAAACACGCGAGUUUCGCCUCGGACGAUGGCCGUCGUGUGGAAGGAGGGCCUGAUCGUGGCCGGGAGCAAGAUGCACGUGUUUCGGGCUGCGCCCACCCCAAAGGUCGAGGCAUCCCCGCUCGGCGCCUGGUUCUCCUCCUACACCGGCGAGCUGUGCGUCGUGCUUCGGGAGGCGGUCUGGUUCGACGCGGCGACCGGGAACCCCAAGAGGCGGACGUUCGGGCCGACCCACGGCCGCGAGGUCACGGCCUUCUGCAUGGACGCGCGGCACAAGAAGGCGGUGGUGGGCGACCAGCGAGGCGGGCUGCGCGUGUACGACGGUGUCACGGGCAGGUGGGUCAUGUCGGCCAACCCCCACCGCUCGGAGGUCUCGGCGCUGCUCUUCGUCGAGGAGGAUAACGCUUUCAUCAGCGCCGGGUGGGACGGGAUGAUUCAGGUGCACGACGCGCGGAUCCGGUCCUUCUCCGCGACCCGCUGGAAGGCGAAUCGGAGACGGGAAGAGGGGGAGCAGGAGCCCGUCGGCCACCGGUGCGCGUUCACGCUAAGGUCCGUCGUGGACGCCCACGAGGGAGACAUCACGCUCAUGGGGGCGUCCGCGCGACUCGGACUGAUAGCGACGGCGUCUAGCGACCUCACCGUGCGGUUGUGGGACUACGGUCUGCUCCGGCUGGAGGAAGUCAUUGUGGCGCACAGGCAGGAAAUCACGUGCGUACGCUUCCUCGACCCACUCCCCUGCUUAGCGACGGCAGACAUGACGGGGAAAGUUCUUAUCUGGGCCACACGACCCCACCCAAACGGCGGAGCGCUGCUGUUGAUGAUACGAAACACCGUCAUCACGGCAAAGGACACCGCGCCCAAGGCUGCAGGCGGCGGCGGCGGCGGUGAAAGGCGGGCUCGGCAGGUGCUGCCGACCCCGGUCACUUGCAUGGCGUUCCGCCACCACACAGCUGCCGAUAGCGAUCCCGCUGACAUCGCCACCGCUCGGAGAGCGACGAAGAAGCCGGUGGUGGCGAGACGAAAGGAAAGCACAUCAGUUACGGGCUGUGGGGACAAAGAAGGGUCGAUCCGACAGGCACCGCAACCGCUGCCGGGGCAAGGAGGAGACACUCCGCCGACCACGGAAAUCAACAUGCCUACGACGGCAACGCCGUGGGAGGUCGGCAGCAUACUCUUCACGGGCGACGAGCUCGGAUCGAUCAAGGUUUGGGACCUGACGGCCGUCCUCCUCGACAAGCUCGGGCCGGCAGCGUGCGGCGUCGACGGUACGGAGGACAAGGCCGCUUUUCCCCCGUCGUCGUUCGGCGCGGCGUCCCACCACUUCGUUCACUACCGGCAGGGGCCCCUCGACGGCGUUGGGCUGCACGCCGCCAAGAGAUUCAGAGAGCUGAUCGACAUCGGGAGGGUGUUGCGCCGGGGGGACCACUUGCAUAGCGAGAAGACGGAGCCAGACGGCAGCAGAGACGCCCGGCCCCGUCGAGCAGGUCUUGACGAAGAGAGCGGUAGCGUCCGUGGCGGGAGAGUGAGGGCCAGGCGCCCCCCGCCAGCCGGAGCGAAAUCGUCCGCCGACAGCAGCAGCCUGAGCGCCGGCAGCACCGCCGGCAGGUCUCGCGAUCGCUCUCCGACCGCCAGACGCAAGCAAGGGCUUCUUCUCGGCGAGGAUAGCAAGCCCAGGGGACGGGGGGAAAAGGGGGCCUCAAACCCGUCCUUGUCGUCUUCGUUGUCGUCGAGAAGCGUGCCCGAUGCUUGCGACAGCCAGCGCCGGCCGGCCGGGCCGAAAACGCAGGCGGAGGCGACCCUCAACGCUAGGCCCGACGACAUCGACCCCGUGUUUUCGUGGAAGGGUCACGACGACAGCAUCACCUCCAUGCAGAUAGUCUCCACCCCUCCCUGUGUCCUCACGGGCUCGCUCGACAGCUCGGCGCGCCUCUUCUCCUUGGGAGGCGUCCUGCUCGGGGUCAUGGCAGAGAGUGAAAACGUCGCGGGGGCGGCGGCGCACCCUUGGCGCUUCGAACCUCCGCCGAACGGGCGAAACGCCGAAGCGAGCGCACGAGCUACGGCCCUUGAACAGAGGCUGAAAACCGUUCGCCAAGAAGAACGCCAUCCGGUGCCUGCGGCUGUUGGUGGUGGUGGUCCGAGGAACUCGGAGCCCCCAACAAACCGAUGCGGCGACCUGUUGAGCCCCCUGUCCAAGGCUCCCGCCAAUGGCUCCGUGCUCGGGGUGACUUCUACGGCCUCCGACCGCGGCCCGACGGGGCCAACACGCGAGGCUAGAACGGACAGGAUGCCGACAUCACCCGGUGAUCCCCUCAGCAAGGCACCAACAGAGAAAGGGAGAACAGUUGCCGUCGAAACCAAGGAUUUGUUGCGAACGCAAUCGGCGAUCUCCGCCGCAUGCUUGUCAAGGAUCGAGGAGCUCACGCAGAUGCGAGUGGCGACGACGGUGGCAGCAGACUCCGACGCACGAAGCGAGAGCCUGCAAGGGGCGGAGGAGGACAUCGAGGAGCGGCUCUUGAGCGAAGCCCAAGAAGGGUGGAAGCACCAACUCCGGGGGGGCGCUGGUCAGUCGCGGCCGCCUUCUGCCGCUAGCAAGCAAGGACGUCACGGCUACCACCACACUGCGCGGCAGUCGCGAGGGGAUUCGGAGCCACCACUCUCGCCCGCUCAGAAGGAGAUCGAGGCCGUGGAGGGCCCGCGGGUGACCGGACGUACUGUUCGUUCCGGCGUCAGGCCGUUCACGUCCCCUGGGCCACGACGGGAGGGUCUAACCGAGAAAGGUGGGGUAGAAGGAGAAGGUGAAGGAGAGGUUAAUGGAGGGAGCCGGGUCGCCGGGCAAGCAGAAAGACGUCACGGCAUGCCCCUGACCCAAAGGUCGGCCGUUCCCUUGACGCAGAGAUCAACACCGAACGUGCUUCCCACUCAAAGGUCGCUUCUGAACCUCGCUUCGGCUAGGUCGAACACUUCGAACAGAUCGAACUUGUCGAUCAGACCCACCGUCUCUACGAAGGCCGCUGUCGCCAAGAGAAUGGCCGCUGAUCGCCGACGCCGGCGCAUGGAUUACAUCCUGGACGGCGUUCGCCGGAUGGGGCAGCGCGAGGGGAUGGUUUCCCAGUUGCCAACUUCCUCCCCGCGGGCGGGAGAGGAGGAGGAGGAGGAGGAGGAGGAGGAGGAGGAGGAGGAGAAGAAGGAGGAGGAGAAAAAGAAGCAGACGAACGGAGGGUGGGGCAUCGCCGGUGGCGAGGGCAGGGGAACCGGAACCGUCGUCAUAUCUACCCGCGUCAAGGAGGUGAUAUCGAGAUUCGAACGGUCGGUCAACGACGACGGUGAUAGCCGGAACGGCGGGCCAAACGACGCAGCCGACCAGAAGGUCAGGGCCAUGCGCCGGCAGCUCGACGCCCGCAUCGCGGCCAGGCAGGAAGCGAUCAGGCACAACGAGCGGUACCGACGGGCUCAGAGGUACGACUUGGUCACCUUGCAGGAGACUCAGCAGCGGCGGCACGAGGCGAUGGUGGGGCUGACCGGGCCCAGCGGGGAGCGCUUCGGCCCGUACAGCCUCGACGACGUGCUCGAGUUCCAGGUGUUCGCCAACCACUUGAACGCACAGGGUGCCGAGCACUUGACAGUCAGGGGCCUGGCUGAGAACCCUGACAUUCAAGCGGAUCCGUAUUCUCACGCCCUGCUGCAGGAACUCACGAGAUCGCGGGUGCUUCAGUGGAACCGGCCUCUGUCGUUGGAGGACCUCAUGCAGUUGGUUUUCCAUUUUGCAAAACAUGACGAGGCUAAGCGGAUGGUAGCCGUCAUGGAUAUCGCUGUACUUCUGGAGCGGCUGCGAGACGCAUUCUUGGCCGACAAGAAUUCCUUGGUGGGAAAAAACGAGUCGUUGCCUCUCCAUUUCAUCAACGACAUCGACAUGGCCUUCCGGGCGACGAGUGCCGAGGCGUGCGGCACCUGUACCAUGAAAGAGCUUCAAGGUGUCAUGGCCCGAGUGGGUUCAGACCUGUUCUCGUGUGGACACGAGGAGCUGGACCGCUUGGCUGCGCAGUGCGGUGUGGUGGACGGGCACAAGGAGCUGACGGCCGACGAUUUUACCGCCAUCAUCGCCAAGCUAGUUUCGCUCCACACCACCAACACGAAGGCGGCGGGUACCCAUACAAGAGAGACUAAAAUCACGUAG